UGUCGACAGAAUCACGCACGUGCAUGCAUUCACCAGAACCACCAAAGCUGAUCGAUGACAGCAACGUGGGCACCCACAAGGAAGGAGUAAGUACGAAUUUAUUAUCGACACCGCAGGCGCCGCAGACUGGAUUACAAAUCAAGGGCCAUGCAAACGUGCCAAGACACAUUACAGCUCAGAGAGUCAGAGCUCAGCUCAGAUCAGUCAGAAAUUCGGCACUCAGCUUUGUUGCUCCGGGAGAAUGCUUAGAGCAACGUCCGAUUCGAUGCUCAGAGCAAUGCAUCUCGCUUUCAGGAGGGAGAACAGUAGUAGAGCAACGUCGUUGCGCGGCCUGGCAGGUCACUUCUCGACGGCGUCGACGAACAACUGCCAGAGGCUAGCCGGCAAGGUGGCCCUGAUCACUGGCGCGGCCAGCGGCAUCGGCAAGGCGACGGCCAUCGAGUUCGUCCGGAACGGCGCCAAGGUGAUCCUCGCCGACAUCCAGGACGCGCCCGGCCGCGCCCUCGCCGCGUCUCUCGGCGCGGACGCGGCAGAGUACACCCGCUGCGACGUGACCGACGAGGCCCAGAUCGCGGCGGCCGUGGACCUGGCCGUGUCCCGCCACGGCCGGCUCGACGUCCUCUACAGCAACGCCGGCAUCUCCUCCGGGACCGGCCCUGCGCCCCUAGCCGAGCUCGACCUGGCCGACUUCGACCGCGUCAUGGCGGCCAACGCGCGCUCCGCGGUCGCCGCGUUCAAGCACGCGGCGCGCGUCAUGGCUGCGCCGCGCGGGGCGGGCGGGUGCGUGCUCUGCACGGGGAGCACGACGGGGAUGAUGGGCGGGGUGGCGGCGCUGCCAUACAGCCUCUCGAAGGCGGCCGUGGUGGCGGCCGUCCGGCUGGCCGCGGCCGAGCUGGCGCGCGCCGGGGUCCGCGUGAACUCGAUCUCGCCGCACGCGAUCGCAACGCCCAUGGUGGUGGCGGCGCUGGCGAGGGCAAACCCCGGGGUGGGGGAGGAGGAGUUGAAGGGGAUGGUGGAGCGGGGCAUCGGCAUCGGCAUGGGCGGGGGUGGGAUCCGGGGGGCCGUGCUGGAGGUGGAGGACGUGGCCAGGGCGGCUGUUUAUCUGGCGUCCGACGAGGCGAAAUAUGUCACCGGGCAUAAUCUCGUGGUGGACGGCGGGUUCACUGUCGGGAAGCCGAUCAAUUUGUCGGCGGCGACCUGAGGAAGAAGACGCUUGCUCCAACGUGCUCAUCUCGGUCGCGUGCUUUCGCGAGGGAAACAAAUCUGUAAACACGCAUUUCCAUCUUUCGGAAAAUGAAAGAAAAAUGUGUAUCAGUCAAUUGCUGAAGUAGUGUCUCUCUCUCUAAAAAAAGAGAGUAGUGGAUUAUAUCAUUGGAGGGUAACUUUUAAGGCAGGGUAACUUUUUAUCCAAGUAUUAUGGUUUCCCGCCAUGCAACUGAAAAUAGCCUUACAUAUAUGAGAAGUUAAAGUCGGACUAA